AAUGAUUAGAACGAAAUAGUUCCAUAGCCAAAAUAUAUAUUUUUUGACUUUCCGCGUGUAUUUAAGAAUUUGUGUGGGUAUUUGUUAAGUUUGAACAUUUUUUUAAAUCUCUGGUGAAAUAAAAACGUUAUGUUAACGGUAAAAAAAUAUUACGUGCCGAAACCGUGGUCGCGCAUUAAUAAUGUUAAUAGUCACUUGAUUGUUUUCUCUUUCAGCCGUUUGCAGUCUGCACAGAUUACGCCAUAUUGCAGUGUGUUUUAAUAUAUUACUGACCGUGAAAUAACGUACAGUUUGUGUUUCAGGAUUUUGUGUUAAUAUUGUGUAUUUUAACUUUGUUAUAUUAUUUAUUAUCUACUAUUGUAAUGAUGGAAUUUGUUAUCGUUUUGAUAUUUUGUGUGGUUCUUGUGAUUGCUGUAAUGGUAAUUGGUUCCGGAAUGGGGAAAGCUACUUCUUCGCAGCGUCAGAUGGACAUCAUUAACGUCGCUCAGAACUUAUAUGUUUUAAUUAAAAAAGGCGACUUGAAGAAAUGUGACGUUACGCAGACGACCGCGUUUCUUCUCAACAUCGCAAAGUCAACUGUUCUCAAGUACUACAAGAAAGACAUUGAAGAAGUUUCAACACCAGGAAAAAAGAGGAAAAAAAGGCCACAGGAAGGAAAGUCACUUGACACAGUCGACGAUUUCACAGUAAAUGCAAUCAGGAAUGCAAUUUACAGGAUGUACGCUGAAGGUUUGAAUGUUACAGUCGACACCAUUUUGAAAGAAAUCAGGGAAAGACAAAUAGAUUAUUAUGGUGGAAGAUCAAGUCUUCAUAAAUUGUUAAAGAAGAUGGGAUUUUCAUGGACAACUGUUGAUGGACGAAAAGCUUUGAUAGAGAAUGAAAACAUAGUAUUGAAGCGAAUAGAUUUCUUGAGAAAGUAUAAAGAAGAAAAAGAAAGAGGUCAGAAGACUGCAGACUACCAUGGCGAGAUGAAUGGGGAAACUUUCUUGAUGUGGUUUGAAGACAUGUUGGUGCAUCUGGAGGAACCCAGUGUCAUUAUAAUGGACAAUGCUUCAUAUCACAGCACCCAGAUGGGCGAGGUGUGUGGAUCACGUGGAGAAGCUAAUUCAAGCAGACUGGGAGAGAGAAGUCCACAUAGACAGCGGCACCAUUCCUCCACUCAUCAUCCACCUCGGCGAGGAUAGUUCAAGUGAAGACUGUGACAGCGAAGAAUUUGAGGUUACGACACAGCAAGUAGAUGGAGACAGUGAAGUACUGGCAGUUCCUCUUGAUGAUUUACCCGGGUGUUCUUAUUGAGGUCUGUAUGUAAUAAACAUCUGGGCAACUGUAAGUAUUGGGGUUUGAAACAUUUUUUUUUUCUUUUAUGCAUUCCCAUUAAGUAUGUUGAUUACUGGAACUUUAUGUAUUAACUUUAUAUUACACAUAUUAUAAAAUUAAUAAUAAAUUUCAUUUCUGGAUUCGUA